UAAAAAUACCCCAAAAACGCCUAGGGCCCAUGGGGUUAAUACCAUUUAAUACUUCAAAAGAACGCCUUUUAUUAUUAGCGUUAGCUACUAGCCGUUAGCUCAUCGAUAACGUAAGAGAUAGAUAUAUAAACGUAACGGACUACUAAUGUGGCUAUCGGCUAAUUGAUAAUAGUUAAAUGGCUAACAUAGACGUGCGUCACCGACUCGCCGGCCAGGUAAACGUUUAUUAUAACAGUUUAAUACCGUUUAAUACGUCAAAAUGGGAGCUUUGUCUUGUCAACAACGGCAGCACCACUCGCCAUGUCUGUGUGGAGAUAUUUUGCAUUUAAGGCAGGUGAAAGCGGAGUUAUGUAAGAUUAUGUGUAAAAAUAAAUCCACAGUAAACCUUGAUAUGAUCCAAACUGAGUUUUGUGAUCCGUUGCACCCCUGUUGAAUAUUGACACAGAAUAUCUGAUGUGAUUUGGCAUGAAAUAUAGCUUAACUUAACAGUUUCAGUGUUCAAAGGACAGCCAUGUGACAUGACAUUUAUUAAAGCUUGUAAUGUCUGGGCAUUAUUACAGCAAAGAUGACUGAGAGGAGGAGGAGAAAGACUCCUGAUAAGGAUGCUGUGGAGCACAUUAUUCGUGGAGAAGACAAACCCUUCCUAGAAGGAAGAUUUAUUAACACAUUUAAAGGGAGAGGUGUGUUUACACAGGAAUACAUCGAACCAAAAAGUUUUGUGGUGGAGUACAGGGGAGUUUUGUCCCUGAGUGCAGGAGCAGAUGACAAAAGCAAAUAUAUAUUCGAUUUCAUGUGGAAUGGGAAGCGCUACUGCAUAGACGCUUCAAAAGAGGAUGGAACACUGGGACGACUAGUGAAUGACGAUCACAUACAGCCCAACUGUAAUGUCAAAAGAAUAAUGGUCCAAGGAAAGCCACACUUGUGUCUUUUUGCUGUCAAGGAAAUCUUUCCAGGCGAGGAGAUCACAUAUAACUAUGGCGAUUCCUCUUGGCCAUGGCGCUCAAUGGCACCCGGUGAAGAACAAUCUCACCCGAAGUUGAGAGAAAGUGAGCCAGGCUCAGAAAAGUCACAGGAGGUGUGCAGCGGUCGUGAUUUGAUGACAGAGGUCAGGGCAGCUCCGUCAACAUUAAAGGAUGACAUUGUAAGUUGA